AACAUACUUAUCAUGCACAUGAUCCUAUAUAAAUACUUUUCUAUGUAUCAUAGAACAUUAUGAGUUAGUGGAUGUCCACCACACACUAUAUCAAAUCCUCUUCUUUCUCAAUUAUAAUAAUUAACUAUUGAAACAAACAACUCUUAAUAAUUUUUUUUUCAUAACAAACCAAACAACUCUUUAUAUACUCCAUUAAGUAUAUGAUUAUAAUCUAUAACCAUUGACUUUAUACUUGUCACUUAGAUAUAAUUACAACAUUAAGCAUCUUUAACUUUAUAAUCUCCUCCCUUAUUUCCUCAAAUCAUCAUCAUCAUCAUCAAUCUUUCAAAUAUUAUUCCUUUCUCUCUCCUCUAUUCUGCUAUAGUUCUUGUUGGUUAUGGAAGCAAAAACUUGUCCUAUCUGUUUCUCUCUCUAGAUUUGGAAAAGGAAGAGAAAAAAAAGAAGAUUUUUUUAUAUUGAGUUUAAAGUUAUGAUGGAUCAAAAGCUAGUUCCACAGUUGAAAACUGAGUCAGGAAGAGUUGGAAAGCUUGAGAGAUUCUCCCAUUAUGUUGCAAGACAAAUUGGGUUUGAAGAUCCAAACGAGUGUCCUCGAUUAUGCAAGUUGGCAAAUGAUUACUUGAAGAAAACAGAGCGAUGUGAAAGUUCUAUCUAUGAAUACUUUGCCAAUGACCCAGAGAGUGAUUUUCUUUAUGUCAAAUUAAUUGAAGAAUUUGAUAGAUGUAUUCUUAGUUAUUUUUCUUUUCACUGGAGCCAAACUCCUACAAUGAUAAAUCAGGUGUUAGGUAACGAUGAUGAUGAAAGAAAAAACAAACUCAAAGAUGCUGUGAUGGCAGUUACAAGGAAACAAAGAUUUGAUAGGGUGAUAAAGGACUUGAAGGUGGCAAGGGUUUUCGCAACGUUAGUGGAGGAGAUGAAGGCCAUCGGAGGUGUAACAUCUAACGGCGAUGCCGUAUCCAGGUGUACGGACGUGAUGGUACCUGUGGCUCACAACAAGAGAAGUCCAGUGCUCCUCCUUAUGGGUGGUGGAAUGGGUGCUGGCAAGAGCACUGUCCUCAAAGACAUUCUCAAAGAGCCAUUUUGGGCAGAAGCGGCAAACGCAGUGGUAGUAGAAGCAGAUGCUUUCAAAGAGACGGAUGUGAUUUAUAGAGCCCUUAGCUCAAGUGGUCAUCAUGGGGACAUGCUUCAAACUGCUGAAUUGGUGCACCAAUCAUCAACAGAUGCAGCAUCAUCCUUAUUAGUAACAGCUUUAAAUGAAGGAAGAGAUGUGAUAAUGGACGGAACAAUGUCAUGGAUACCAUUUGUGGAACAAACAAUAGCCAUGGCUCGUAAUAUUCACAAGUACAGGUAUCGAAUGGGAAUUGGUUAUAAAGUAUCUGAAGAUGGCACUGGCAUUGAAAUAUAUUGGGAGAAAGUUGAUAGUGAUCAUGAAGAAUCCAAGCAAGUCAAAGACCGAAAACCUUAUAGGAUUGAGCUUGUUGGUGUUGUUUGUGACGCUUAUCUUGCUGUUGGUAGAGGCAUAAGGAGAGCAAUAAUGGUUAGGAGGGCAGUGAGGGUGAAGUCACAAUUAAAAUCUCACAAGAGAUUUGCAAGUGCUUUCUCAUAUUAUUGUCAACUUGUUGAUAAUGCUAGGCUUUAUUGCACCAACGCUGUCUGCGGUCCACCCAGGUUGAUAGGAUGGAAGGAUGGAGACAGCAGAUUAUUAGUAGAUGUGGAAGAAAUUCCAUGCCUAAAUAUAUUGGGUAGCCUCAACGAAGAAGCUGAGUCCAUUUACGAACUUCACACGGAUCAAAGCCCACUUUCUCAUCCAGGCUCGGCCUGGAAAGAGAUGGUUAUGUCACCUACAAGGCCCAACAUUCAAAAGGCUCUUCAAACUGCCAUUACAAAAUCUGAACUUGUAAUUGCAGUUACUUGAUUCUGUCGAGCCCAAUCUUUUUCUAGGCCCAGCCCACUUAUACUCAAACCUUUAUUUUUACAUGAUGCCUCUUUCUUUCUUCUUUCACACAUUGUGAAUUUGUUAUACACAAGAAAUCCAAAAUUUGCAUUCUUAUCCUUCAUUUAGGAUCCGUUUGGUUGGACGGAUAAAGAUUUUCAAUGUAAAGAUGACUUUUAGUGAAACAAAAAAAAUUAAAAGAGAUAAUACUAACUAUUAUAUUUCAUUGGUUC